CCUCAGCCCACCAUCCCAACACCUCACUCACCAUGUCCGCCCCCGCCGCCCCUCCCGCUUGGGUCCAGCAGCUGCUGCCCGUCAAGACGACCGGUCCCGCGCAGCUGGCCGCUGAGCGCCAGAACUCCAAGGUCGACCCCAAGGCCCUCGAGACCCUCCUGUACCCGGGGGACACUCUGGAGAUGCGCCGCGCCGUCGAGGAGACGCUCACGGCCUCGGGUCUCGGCUUCGCGGAGAAGCUCGAGGCGCUGCCCUCCCUCGGGCGCGUGGAGAAGAUCGAGCGGUCGCUCGAGCGCGGCAAGGCGCUCAAGCGCCUCCGCAAGAAGCACGGCUGGUCCGACGCGCAGUAUUCGUACGCGUCGACUGCGGCCGGCGAGGCCAACGUCUACGGUCUGCACGACAAGGCGUUCAUCAAGUGUCUGACGGACCAGGGAAGCGCCGAGCAGCAUGAGCGCUUCCUUGUGCCCGCCAAGGCCGACAAGAUCAUCGGAUGCUACGCCCAGACCGAGCUCAGCCACGGCUCCAACGUCCGCGGUCUCGAGACGACCGCGACUUGGGACCCCAGCGACAAGACGUUCAUCAUCCACUCGCCCAGCCUGACUGCGUCCAAGUGGUGGAUCGGCACCCUCGGUCGCACGGCGAACCACGCUCUCGUCAUGGCUCAGCUCAUCAUUGACGGCAAAAACUAUGGCCCACACACCUUCGUCGUGCCCGUUCGCGACGUGCAGACCCACGAGCCUCUCCCCGGCGUGUACGUUGGCGACAUCGGACCCAAGUUUGGCUACGCCUCCAUGGACAACGGCUUUGCUCUCUUCAACAAGGUCAAGAUCCCCCACAUCAACAUGCUCAACCGCUUCCAGGUCGUUGACCCCGAGACUGGCAAGUACCAGCGCCGCGGCUCGCCCGCCUUCGUGUACGGCGGCAUGACGUUCCUCCGUGUCGGCAUUGCCGCGGACGCCGCCACGACGCUCGCGCGCGCCGCCUCGAUCGCGGUGCGCUACGCUGCUGUGCGCAAGCAGUUCGCGGACGAGGACUCGAAGUCGUCGGACGAGAUCCCCGUCCUCGACUACACGAUGGUGCAGUUCCGCCUCCUCCCGCUCGUCGCGACCGCGUACGCGCUCUUCUUCGCCACGCAGGAGCUCGGCGCCCUCUACGGCAACUACGACAAGGCGCUGGGCUCGGGCGACCAGAAGGGCGCCGAGGCGCUGCUCGCCGACCUGCACGUCGGCUCGUGCGCCCUCAAGGUCCACGGCACCUUCAUUUCGGUUGAGGGUAUUGAGGCCGCGCGCCGCGCCUGCGGCGGCCACGGCUACUCGCACUACUCGGGCAUCGGGCACCUGUACGCUGAGAUGCUCCCGUCCGUCACGUACGAGGGCGACAACUACAUGCUCUCGAAGCAGGUGGCGCGCUCGCUCCUCAAGCAGGCCAAGGCCAACGGCCCCCUCUUCGCCGCGUACAAGGCCAACCCGCGCCGCGCGUUCAACUGGGCCAAGGACGAAGACAUUGUCGCGUCGUUCGGGCACCGUGUCGCGUUCCAGACGCUCCAGAUCCUCGCGCUCCGCGACGACGGCUGGAGCUGGAACCAGCUCCUCGUGCCCUUCUGGCGCCUGUGCAACGCGUACGCGCAGUACGUGAUCGUGCGUGCGUUCGCGUCCGCCCUCUCCGGCCUCGCGGGCAAGGUCCCCGGCCCCACCGCCGAGGCCAUCGCCGACCUCUUCCACCUCCACGUCGCCGUCGUUACCGACCAGUACGCCGCCGAGUUUGCCGACGCCCACGCCCUCCCCGCCGACCGCGCCGAGGGCCUCCAGCGCCAGAAGGCCACCCUCGCGCUUCUCCAGCGCGUCCGCCCUAACGCCGUCAACCUCAUGGACGGAUGGGCGUUUUCGGACAUGGUCCUCAACUCGUCGCUCGGCCGCUACGACGGCAACGUGUACGAGAGCGUGUUCAAGCGCGCCGCCGCCAACCCCGUCAACUCGCUCACAUUCGACGUCAACCCCGAGUCGGACGUCUUGGUGCGCCGCCGCCAGCCAGUUGCCAAGCUCUAGGCUAGAUUCAGGAGAAAGGUGGAUAGCAUGUUGUAGGGAUUCUGGAUAAGUUCUGCCUUAUGUCGUAAUCUGCU